AUAAAACUACUCUUCACCACAUAACAACAUAAACCUUGUACACAUUAUACAACAAAUCUAAAAUGGUGUCACUAUGGUCUGUGUUCGUGGCUCUAACCAUUAUUUCCAUUAAUUUAAAGAUCUUUCCAGCCACAUCUCAUGUCACUUUGAAUGACCAAUCCAUUUUUGAUUACCACCAGAAAUGGAUGAUUCAGUUCUCUAAAGUUUACAAGGAUGACUUCGAGAAAGAGAUGAGGUUGAAAGUGUUCAAGAAAAACUUGAUAUUUAUCGAGAACUUCAAUAAUAUGGGGAACCAAAGCUAUAAACUUGGUGUCAACGAGUUCACCGAUAUGACUAAAGAAGAGUUUCUUGCCACCUACACCGGUGGUCUCCAGGGCAUAAACGUUACUUCACUACCCGAAGUAGUUGAUCAAACGAUGUCAUCUAGGAAAUUGAACUUUAGUGAACUUUUAUUUGUCAAAGACUGGAGAAUCGAAGGAGCUGUAACGCCUGUCAAAAAUCAAAGAUCAUGUGGAAGUUGUUGGGCGUUCUCAUCUGUAGCAGCGGUGGAGGGUUUAACAAAAAUUUCUGGCAAAAACCUCGUAUCACUGUCGGAACAACAACUUGUAGAUUGCACAAAUGGUUGUAACCCGGGAAGGAUUAGUGAAGCUUUCGCCUACAUGAUAAAAAGCGGUGGUAUAUCUUCAGAUUCAGAAUAUCCAUACCAAGCAAAAUCAGGGCAGUGCCGUUCCGACGCCAGACCCGCCAUAAUGAUAAAAGGGUACGAAAGGGUCCCAUUUAACAACGAGAAUGCGUUGCUCGAUGCUGUAUUGAGACAGCCCGUCUCGGUGAACAUUGAUGCGAGGACGGACAGUUUCAGGCAUUACAAAGAGGGAGUGUUAGAUGCGCGCGACUGUGGGAUCGAUGUGAAUCAUUCAGUGGCGCUCGUUGGGUAUGGGGUGACGGAGGAUGGGAUCAAGUACUGGUUGGUUAAAAACUCUUGGGGUGAGAAUUGGGGUGAGAAAGGUUUCAUGAGGAUCCGUAGAAUGGUGGAGUGGCCUGAAGGAAUGUGUGGUGUGGCUCAGUAUGCUUUUUAUCCGGUAGUUUGAUGAUUAAUAUUGAAGUGAUCAUACAUUAUUAGUCUAAGCUACAUCGUAACUCAAGCGUGACUUUAAAUAUUAAUUGUAAUGCAGUACAUCUUAUGCUUGCUCUAUAUAAUCAUAAUGUAUUGCCUCUACUCUGAAUAAAAUAAUAUCGGCUUGUCAUC